AUGACAAUGAAAGAGCAGACAGGCCCUCCUUCGGAUGACCCGGAGUGCGCAAGCAUCCCAAACUCGGCCGAAGAACAUGAAGUCUUCAAGAAGACGGCGGAUGGCGUUAGCUUUCGUGAUGUGGGCUGGUUCAAAGCGUGCGUUCUGUUCGUGAAGGUCCUCUUUGCGACCGGUGUGCUGUCGCUCCCUUCGUCGCUGCUCUCCCUCGGUGCUGUGGGUGGUGCGAUUAGCAUCGUCGCCUGGGGUGCCUUCAAUACAUAUGCCUUCGUGAUCCUAGGCAACUUUCGCCUACGCCGCCCUCACUGUCACUCCAUCGCCGACAUGGCGGAGGUGGUCGGUGGCGUCGUCGGCAAAGAGAUUACUGGCCUUCUAUUUAUCAUCGGCUAUGUUCUCGUCACAGGCAGCGGAAUCAUCGGGGUGUCGACGGCGUUGAAUGCCCUCUCGCACCAUGCGGCGUGUACUGUCUGGUGGUCAUUUUUGGCUAUGGUAGUAGUGAUCGCGACGGCCUCGAUCCGCAAACUCACCCAUGUUGGCUGGCUCACGUAUGCAGGGUUCACUUCGAUUUAUGCAGCUGUGCUAAUUGUGGUUAUUGGCGUCACCACACGAGAUCGACCCGCUGCCGCACCCCAGACAGGCCCCUACGAGCUUGGUUAUGUGGCUAUCAACAAUCCAGGUUUCGCCGCCGGUAUGGUCGCCUCUAGCACCAUAUUCGUCUCCUCCGCCGGUACCAGUGCCUUUCUCCCCGUCAUCUCGGAGAUGCGCAAUCCGAAAGACUACAAGAAGUCGCUAUACGCCUGCAUGGUGCUAGUCACGGCGUCGUAUCUCGCCUUCAGCUUGGUUGUUUACCGCUGGUGUGGACAAUGGGUCGCCAGCCCGUCAUUAGGGAGUGCCGGCCAAACGAUCAAGAUGGUAUCCUACGGCGUUGCGUUGCUAGGACUGAUUGUGAGCGCCACGCUCUACCUUCACGUCGGGGCAAAAUACGUCUUUGUACGAAUCCUAGGCAAAACCCGUCACUUGCAGGCCAACACGGUGACGCAUUGGGGGACUUGGCUUGCCUGUACGGUCGUUCUAGGCGCCAUCUCAUUCAUUCUCGCUGAGGCUAUUCCGAUCUUCAACUACCUAAUUGCCCUGGUUGGAUCUUUAUGCUUUGCUCCGCUCGCUAUAUCCCUUCCCGGGCUACUUUGGCUACACGACCAUGGCCACUACUUAAAGGGAUCUCUUGUGCAGAAGGUCAAGUUCGUCCUCCACAUCGGAAUGGUCCUUCUUGGUAUACUUUUCCUUGUCGGUGCAACUUAUGGCGUCAUCAUCCAAAUCAAGGCGGCCUACGCCGAGGGAACUAUCGGUGCCGCAUUCUCCUGUGCCGACAACUCGAAUUCGUCUUAG